UUGCCGUAGAGUCCCAUGAGCAAAGGGGACACUACCAUUGAGGCCUCCUCUUUCAUGCCCGCCAGCCCCAAGAGCUAUUUGAGAAUAUUUUUUUCGUUGUCUCCUCCAUUCCAGGUGGCCAUGGUGGAAGUCCAGCUAGAUGCCGAACAUGACUACCCACCAGGACUCUUGAUAGCCUUCAGUGCCUGCACGACGGUGCUGGUGGCCGUCCACCUCUUUGCCCUGAUGAUCAGCACCUGCAUCCUGCCCAACAUCGAGGCCGUUAGCAAUGUCCACAACCUCAACUCGGUCAAGGAGUCACCCCAUGAGCGCAUGCACCGCCACAUUGAGCUGGCUUGGGCCUUCUCCACUGUCAUUGGGACUCUGCUCUUCUUGGCCGAGGUGGUGCUCCUCUGCUGGGUGAAAUUCCACCCGCUGAAGAAGAAUACGGGCGCCGACAGGCAGGCCAGCAAUGUCACUAUCACUGCCGGCGAGGCUGCGGCCAUCACCUCCACCACCAUCAUGGUCCCCUUUGGACUGGUCUUCAUCAUCUUUGCUGUCCACUUCUACCGCUCGCUGGUGACUCACAAGACGGAUCGCCAGUUCCAGGAGCUGAACGAGCUGGCCGAAUUUGCCCGCUUGCAGGACCAGCUGGAUCACAGAGGGGACUCCCUACCAUCUCCCGAUGGCCAUUAUGCCUAGAAAGGUGCCCAUCAGGUUGGGGGGGGAGAUCAAGGGCGGAGGAGCCAGCUAUGUUCUCCUGACCCUUCCAGGGCCAAAUUGGGCUGAGCUGCAAUCUCUGCGUGGGGAGAGAGAUGACAGUAGUUGAACUGGACCGUGACUUAUUAGGGCUUUAAAAAAAAGAUAAUAAAUCAAUAAAAGGCAAAGAAUUGUUCUUGUUACAUUGUGGAACGCUAACACCUGCAAUUCCUGCCCGUCGCCCACAUUUCUCGUGGCCUGGCCUCCUCUUGCCGUCAGCCGAGUUUGUUUUCUUGAAAUGGCGAUUCAUCAUCAGAGGAAAUGGAAAAAUUGACGGCGUCAGGUUGUGGGUGGGGGAGGAAAUUAGAAGUUGGAGGGAAGUAUUAUUCCUUUGACUCUUUUGUGUCAAAUCUCUGGUGUUGGCUAAAGUCAUGCACAGUCUGAAUGCAGAAGUUCUUGAGAACGUCCAGGGACUAGCACCAAACUUCGGCUUUGCUCAUGGGCCAAACUGGAAGCAAAGCAGGCGAGAAAGAGAGGCAGAGCCCCCCACCCAAAUGUAGGGCAGCCCUUAACCAGAGUCUAAGAAGUGGCUCUUCCAUUUUUAAAAGGAAAACAAAAGAUCUCUCUUCUAGGCCUCAUAGAGGCAGAGAUAGACUUAAAGGCAUGCCUGCCGUGCCUGUUAAAAGUUUUACAAGCUUGUGGGGAGUGAGUGUGCAAUCAGGCUGGAGUGGGGUGGGGGAGCUUUUUCAUGCUCUUUAAUUUUUCCCACCACUCACAGGAUUGAGAGAAUUGAGAACAAUCAGCAUUUCCCAGGGCUUGAUCAGAAUCAGGCUUCUGUCAUCGCAAAACGCAGGACAUCCCUGGCCAUUCUUCCACAGUUUCUUUUUAAGAACAGAAGGAACCCUAAUCCCGGAUAUACCUAACAGGCCAUUUCUCUCCAGGGGGGAAAUCUUAAUCACCACAUUUCCCCAAACCGGUGCAGUUGUGCUGGCUGGAAAUCAAGCAAGUUGUAAGCCAGCAUAUCUGGAGGGAACCAGGUUGAGGAACACCCUGGCCUUUGAGUAAGGCCCACAAAACUCCACGUGUGUGUGCGUGUGUGCAUGUGUGUAAGUAAAGCACCAUCCCCAGGCAUAAGUUAUUUAUUCCUGCCUUGCGGAAUUCCAUCUGAAAGAUUCUUCUGUGUUGCUGCAUCUCUUUCCCCUGGAUGAUGGUGGUGAAGAUGAUGAUGACGAAGAUUUUAUUUUAAAGUCUUUUUCUGUUGCUGUCUGGCAGUGGCUACCCAAAGUCCAUCCAGUUUGGGGAUCUCUGCCGUUUCACUGGCUUCCCCCAGAAGGCAAAUGCAAUUUGGGGGAAUUCUGGAAGAGUUGGCUGAGGGCCUCUCAUCUGUCUCCUCACUGCUCUUUGGUUCAAAGUAGACCAGUUUCAUAUUUUAACCAAAAAAACCCUUUCUACUGUCCUCUGGUUUUGUCAAUCCCACCCCCCACCGCCCCCGGUAGAACUGCAAAUGCUGCGUUAUGAAGGAAACUGCAGCACCAGGAUGGUUCAAAGCGUGUCUGGAGCGACUUGUACUUUGACACUGAUGUAAAAAUGGUCUCUUGCCCUUCUGACUGCUUCCGGGCCAAGCUCCUUGCCCAGUGCAGCUGGAUGAGGGCCAGGAUGGAGAGGAAGGAGCCCGUCUAACAAAUAAGACUCGCUUUUAAGUUUUCAGUUAAAUUUUUGGCAGGUGAUCUGAAGACGAGAGCAGGAGUUCAGAAUUACCUGCCUUGACUGUCGGAAAGGCUUCCAGCCAAGACGUUUCUUGCACCCGUAGCACUUACCUUGCGAUGACUAUGCUUUGAUCAAAGGGUGUCCUCAGGGUGGUCAAAAAAUCAAGAUGAUGGCCACAAAGCUGGAGCUUUGAUCGCAGUGUUGUGGCCGCCAUCUUGACUUUUUUGACCAACCCCUGCGUGAUCCAUCCUUUAAACAGUGUUCCUUUACCUGCUUGUAUCGUGUCCUCUGGACCUGGGAGGCUACAAACAGCAGGGCUGUUGUUCAUGGAAAGGAUGUGGAACAGAAAACCAGCAAGAGGCAAAGGGAGUAGGAACAUGCAAGGUGGCACACUGUAGGCCAUUAUUUUGAUGGCAGAUAUGUUGGCUAAAUCCCAGGAUGGCAGAGGGAGGUGAUCUGCCCUCCCUUUCUUAUACAUUGAUUGCAGUUCACAUCAGCUGAUAGUAAGGCAAGGGGUCUGUAAUCCAAAAUCUCCAUAGAACACCUGUUGCCUCUUUCUGUUCUAAGGUGUAGCUUGGUGUUCUCCACAGACGUUCUGGAGAUGUUUGAGGACUCAGCUAUGCUGGCUAGGGCUUUUGGGAUUGUAGUCCCAAAUAUUUGGAGGCUUAGGGAUGAUCCAGGGCAAUGUUUGGUGGAGUGAAUUGCCCUCCCCACGGAUGUGCAGGAUGGGUCACUUGCUAAUCUCUGCCUAACCCAAAUCAUCCUUUGCUCAGUGUGCCUCCUGAUGACUGAGGGGCAGAAGGUCCUCCUCAAUAGUGCUGCAUUGAUAGAGUUUACACUUUGUUUAAAUUACUACUGGAAUAUCUCAGAAUUGUUUUACCACUGGCCUUCCUUUUUUUAUCCUGGGAUACUUGAAAGCUGGGCAUAGAGAUCUUUAGAUGGUGAGAGUAUUGCUGUCCUUCCAAUUAGAAAAAACCUAGGACGGUUGACCGUGGAGAAGCAUUUUGCUUUUCUCUGUCUUUAAAAUCAAGAUGGAGUCAUCCCCGCUUAGUUCCUCUCUCACCCUUGUCCCCAACCUGCUUAAAAGUCAGAGGGAGAGGGGAGACAUGGAAUUUCAGAUCAGAAAUUAAAGAAGCCAAAACAGAAUGCUGGACCAAAACAGCUGCUUCCAUUCCUGCAACCCAGUGUUUUUCAACCUUGGCAGAUUGUGUGGACUUCAAUUCCCAGAAUUCCUCAGCCAGCCAUGUUCCCCAGCCACACAUCUUAAAGUUGCCAAGUUUGAGAAACACUGUUCUAAAUCGAUAUUUUUUUGAAGGGGGCAAUUUCAGAGUUCUGGGUGGACUCCAACUCCCAGAAUUCUCCACCAUGGCAAUGCUGGCUGGGGAAUUCUGGGAGUUGAAGUCC